AUGAACCAAAUCGCGCUAUUAUUGUCCUUGAUACCCCUCCUAGCUCAAAUAAAAGCUCAAGAUUCAACCCAAGGUCAAAACUCGACGCAAGGUGGAAAUGGUGGACCAGAUUUGUCUCAAUACCCAGAUUGGAUCACCAAUGAUUAUCAGUGUGUGAUCGGCUGUCUAUCCGGAUUUAACGAUACCAUCACUACUAUCCCUCAACCCGAUAUGGAAGGUACGGCCUAUCAAUGCGCUGCAUCGAAGUGUGCAGGCGACGGUACUGGUAAUUAUUAUCAAACUUUAUACUAUAUCCAAUUGUUCUAUGCCACCGGAUCGAUCUACGAAUGGUCUGAUUCCGCUCCAGACGGAUACAAGCACGCGACUUUCAACGCAGACCAAGACGCACACGCCAGUGCAAGUGCUGUACAAGCUACCGCUUCCGAUCCAUGGUCUGCCGAUGCAGCUGAGAAGACUGGAGGUAACAAUGCUGUAGAUGGCGUAUCAACCGCUCCAGGUGUAACAGGAACAGGUCCAGCUGCUUCUGCUAGUGGCUCAGCAGCUGCAGGCUCAGCGACUGGAUCUGGAACAGGGACAGCUAAAACCGGUUCGGCAGCAGUAGCUGCUACUUCUUCAGCCUCUAGCGCAAACGGUACGAAGUCUGCCAAUGGUACUGAAGAAGGGAAUGCCUCCAGUGGUGCUUUACCCGCUCAAACUGCAGGUUUGGCAGGUAUGGGAUUGCGACCUCUGGUUGGGCUAUUGGUCAGUGUAGCUUCGAUUGCCAUCGGUGGGGUAUUUACUGGACUCUAG